ACCACGAAAGGUGGCUCUGAAAAAAGCGAAGAGAGAGAGAGAGAGAGAGAGUUCGUUUUGGAAACGUUACCGGAUUUCACCGUUCCUAUUCGCCGGGAUUUGGGAAUUCUGUUCACGUCCGGCUAGGGUUUCUCUUCCGUCUCUCGAAUUCAAUGACUUUUUUCUCGUUCGUAGUCUGAAAUAGUGUCUAAUAUUUGAAUUCUAUAUCUGCGACCUGUAAAUUGGGGAUUCUUGAAGGGCCUGUUUGGGAAAAUUUUGUGAUGUUUACGCCACAGAGGAAGGUGUGGUCGGGUUGGUCGCUAACACCGAGGAGUGAACCGGCGCAGAAGAACGGUUCUGGUUCUGAUUUGAACCCUACUUCGAGCCCUAGGAAUGGUGAGACUGUUUCAAAGGGUAAAGGUAUCGCUUUUAUGGGGUCCACACCACCACCGCCGGCGGGUUUGUUAGGGGAUAACAGCGGAAAUUUGGAGAACGAAGGAGUGGUAGAGAGGAUUUCGAAGCUUGAAAACGAGCUUUUUGAAUACCAAUAUAAUAUGGGCCUCCUCUUGAUCGAGAAAAAGGAGUGGACUUCUAAGUAUGAAGAACAUAGGCAAGCAUUGGGAGAAGCACAGGAUGUCCUUAAACGUGAACAAGCAGCACAUUUAAUUGCAUUUUCUGAAGCGGAGAAGCGAGAAGAGAAUUUGAGGAAGGCAUUGGGUGUUGAGAAGCAGUGUGUGCUCGAUCUUGAGAAGGCUUUGCAUGAAAUGCGCUCAGAUCAUGCAGAAAUAAAGUUUACAGCUGAUUCAAAGUUAGCUGAAGCUAAUGCUCUGGUUGUUAGCGUUCAAGAGAAAUCUUUGGAGGUGGAAGCAAAGGUGCAUGCUGCUGAUGCCAAGCUUGCUGAGGUGAGCAGAAAGAGUUCAGAGAUUGAGAGGAAAUUGCAUGAGGUGGAGGCCCAAGAAAAUGCACUUCGAAGGGAUCGGUUGUCGUUUAAUUCUGAACGAGAAGCACAUGAGAAUUCUAUAUCUAAGCAAAGGGAAGACUUGCGAGAGUGGGAAAGAAAAUUACAGGAGGGAGAAGAGAGGCUAUCUGAAGGUCGAAGAUUGCUCAACCAAAGAGAGCAGAGGGCGAAUGAGAAUGAUAGGAUCUUGAAGCAGAAGCACUCUGACCUUGAUGAUGUACAGAAGAAGAUUGACUUAGCUAAUGCCACUUUGAAAAAGAAAGAAGAAGAUAUAGGCAGCCGGCUAGCUAACCUAGCUCUUAAAGAGAAGCAAGCCGAUGCCAUAAGAAUGAGCCAGGAGAAGAAAGAGAAGGAAUUACUUGAACUAGAGGAAAAGCUCAAUGUUAGAGAAAGGGUUGAAAUUCAGAAACUUUUGGAUGAACACAAGACACUUCUGGAUGUGAAGAGACAGGAGUUUGAGUUUGAAAUGGACCAGAAAAGGAAAUCAUUGGAUGAGGAUUUGAAAAACAAGGUUGUUGAGGUGGAGAGGAAAGAAGCUGAAGUCAAUCACAUGGAAGAGAAAGUUGCAAAACGUGAACAAGCACUUGAAAAGAAAUUGGAGAAAUUUAAAGAGAAAGAGAAGGACUUCGAAUCAAAAUCAAAAGCUCUGAAGGAACGGGAGAAGUCUGUCAAAGUUGAGGAGAGAAACUUGGAGAAUGAAAAGAAACUAAUACUCGCCGAUAAGCAGAACAUGCUUGGUCUCAAGGUUGAGCUAGAGAGAAUGCAGGCUGACCUUGAAGAACAGCAAUUGAAGAUAAAUAAAGAGAAGGAAGACCUUAAAGUAACUGAAGAGGAGAGGUCAGAGCAUGCUCGUUUGCAAUCGCAAUUAAAACAGGAGAUAGACGAUUGCAGAAUCCAGAGGGAACUGCUUUUGAAGGAAGCUGAAGAUUUGAAGCAGGAAAAGGAGAAGUUUGAGAAAGAGUGGGAAGACCUGGAUGAGAAAAGAGUUCAGAUUAAGAAAGAACUAGAAGAUAUGACUGUUCAGAAGGAAAAGUUGCAAAAACUAAAACGGUCAGAAGAGGAAAGGUUAAACAAUGAGAAACUGGAAACACAAAAUUACGUUCGGGAGGAGUUGGAAGCUCUCAGACUGGCUAAAGAUUCAUUUACAGCUAGCAUGGAGCAUGAAAAGUCCAUAAUGGCUGAAAAAUUUGAGAGUGAGAAAAGCCAAAUGCUUCAGGAUUUUGAACGACAGAAAAGAGAACUUGAGACUGAAAUGCGGAGAAAGCAGGAGGAGAUGGACCAUUGUUCGUAUGAGAGGGAGAAAUUAUUUGAGGAAGAGAGAGAUAAGGAACUUAAUAAGGUCAAUUACUUACGGGAAGUAGCGCAACGGGAAAUGGUUGAGAUGAAAGUUGAGAGACUUAGGUUACAAAAAGAGCAAGAGGAAAUCUCCGCAAACCAGAAGCACCUUGAAGGGCAGCAACUUGAAAUGCGAAAAGACAUUGAUGAGCUUGUUGGACUUAGCAGGAAGUUGAAGGACCAGCGGGAACAAUUUAUGAAGGAAAGAGAACGUUUUGUUGCUUUUGUUGAGAAACAGAAGAGUUGCACGUACUGUGGAGAAAUAACACGUGAAUUCGUGCUUUCUGAUCUUCAAUCCUUAGCAGAAAUGGACGGUGCAAAUGCCCUUCCUCUGCCAAGACUAGCUCAGGAUUAUUUUGAGGAGGCUGUCCAGGGAACCUCUGAGAGACCAAAUAUAGAGAUUUCCCCUGGUGUUGGUAAUUCGGGAUCUCCUACAUCUGGUGAAACCAUGUCAUGGCUUCGGAAAUGCACAACGAAGCUAUUCAAGUUCUCGCCUGGCAAGAAGAUUGAACUUACUACCACUCAAAAUGUGAUAGAGGUGGCAUCCCUUACAGAGAAGCAUGUUACUGUAGAAGAAUUGCCUAAAAGAUUAUUGAACACUGAACAAGAACCGGAACUAUCCUUUGCAAUUGCAAAUGAUUCUUUUGAUGCCGAGCGUAUCCAAUCUGACAACAGCAUCAGAGAGAUUGAAGCUGGCCUAGAUCCAUCAGUUGAUAAUAGCAACAUUAGCAGUAAGGCCCAUGGUAUUCUAGAAGAUUCCCAGCAUUCUGGCAGGAAGGUGGUUCGGCGCAAAGCUGGCAAGAGUGGCAGGCCUAGGGUUAAUAGAACACAAGCUGUGAAGAAAGUGGUUGCAGAAGCAAAUGCUAGCCUUGUGAAUUCCCUUGAACACAAUGAGAUUGAUGCCAAUGGUAAUGCAGACAAUGCUGUUUCCAUGAAUGAAGAAAGCCGGGAAGAAUCUAGUCUUGUGGGUGCAGGUCCAAGAAAUAAACUAAAGCGGAAUCGUGUGCAUACCUCGCAAACCACAGCAAGUGAGCAAGAGGGUGGUUACAGUGAAGGACACUCUGAUAGUGUCACUGCAGAGGGGCGCAGGAAGAGGAGACAAAAGGAUACCCCAGCUGUACAAACACCUGUUGAAAAACGAUACAAUCUCCGCCGACACAGAACGGCAACUUCUGUGGCAGCUAAUGGAGCCUUGUCUGACCCAAGCAAAGGGAAGGAAAAAGAUGGUGGUGGCGGUGGAAGAAUAGAGGAGGAAAUUCCCAACUCCAAUGCUGCGCCUGUGGAAGAAGUUGAUGUUGGUGACGGUACAAGGAAAGAUUUUUCCAACUUCAAUGCUACUCCUGCCCCUUCUGCAGGGGUUGCUAGUGAAGAUGAGAAGGCAUUAAGAAACACCGAGGUUGUCCAUGAGUUUUCAUCAGAUAGACCUAUCAGGGAUGGGAAUGCUGAAAAUGAUAUUGCAAUGAGUGAAGAGGUGAAUGGGACACCAGGGGCCAGGCAUUACAUCAAUAAGGACCAGAGGAGUGAAUCCAGUGGGGAAGAUGGAGCAGGGGAUGAAGACAAUGGCGUUGAUGACAACGAUGAUGAAGGGGAGGCCGAGCAUCCUGGUGAAGUCUCCAUAGGGAAGAAGUUUUGGACCUUUCUCACAACAUGAUGAUGCUGAAUGCAGCUGUGCUUGUGCUUAGUUUCACAGGUGUCAGUUACUUGAUUAUGCUGCAUGAGAGUUCUCUUCUUUUUGAUAUUAGAGAGUUCUCUGCUGUGUAGUAGUUAGUGUGUAUUAGUUUGAAAUGUAGUUAUAAUCACGGAAGUGGAAUUUAUGUGGUGGCCGUUUGGUAAUCUUUUCUCUUACUAGGAUAUUGGGGCUGUUUACAACAAUCCUAGAUUAUUUGAUGUAGUUAUUUUGGCCAGUGUAUUUGUAACACUGUACCUAAGUUUCUUCCUCUUUUUUUUUUUUUUUGGUGGGUCAUCACUUUCCUUCCCUGUUGUAUCAGAUACUUGUGUUUUUAUGCUUUUGGGGAAAUGAUUGUUUUAAAACCUUGAUCUAAAUGAGGUCUACGAUUCUAUUUUGGUGUCAU